GGACUUACCUAUAGGAUAUCACACAAAAAGUCUUCCAAACCUCAACAUAUUUUGUGAUGCAAAAGAUCAUGAUAUUAAUAUAGAAAUUGAUCAAUUACAACUUUAUGAAAAAGUUCUAAUAUGUGGUCAUUGGUAUCAUAAUGAGUGUUUUCAAAAGAUGGGUUUUAAAUGUCAUUAUUGUUUAGAUUAUCUUGUAGAUGGAAUUAAUGUAUUAACAUCCUCUUACAAUGUUAGAUUGGAAAGUCAAGUUACAAAAACUGAUCAAAUUGAAUUAGAAAUCGUGAUGAAUUAG